GUAGAGUGUAGGAGAUCUUUCAGUGGGGGAACAGUAACGCGGGAUCACAAGUAAACAUUCAUGCGCGUCGACCACGCCGUAGUUCAAAGCUAAACACCGAUGCAUUACGUUCUUCACGUCACGUAAACAUUAAUACUAUUACUCCAUUCUGUUAAAUACGUUCGGCAAAUAGUUAUUUGUUAUUUACACCGUGACUUGUAACUCCAUACCUGAAAUAAAUAAAGAAACAUUUACUUUUUAAUUUUAAAAAGGUUUAUUUUUGCGGUGGUAUUUUUUAUACCGAGUUCUUACGGUGUGAGAUGACCUAGAGUUCAUUGAAACAUCAAUUUAUUGAGCUGCACCAGAGAAUGAAAAUAAUUAUUCUCAGCUGAGUUAAUAAUAAAAAAUAAUAGCAGAUCACAAUAAUAAAAAUAUAAGAAAAAAUGGAUCUUGUUUAUAUGCCUGAAGUGAUGACCUACGGAUCAUUCAGGGCGCCAGUCUAUCGGGACUAUGAGCAACCAUGGAACAAAAAUUAUUUCCAAUAUGGCAAAUCGGCGUCAACUACAAUGACAAGACACCAACAAGAGCUUUUCCAACAACAAAUACGAGCGAACUCUAAAAAGGAGCACUGCCAUUUGUGCAAGGAGAGCAAGAGAAGAUCUCUUGGUGCCUACAUAAAGGGCAAGAGCAGAUCUAUUUCAUGUAAUGAAAUACAUGAAGAGGAAGAAGAAGAAGAGGUUGUUGAUAAUGGCAAGAGUGACAAUAAAAGUCAGUCAUCUGCAACAUUAACAUGCAAGCUGACAGCUAAAAAUAAUGAGAAAACUGCCACUAACUUAUAAAUUACAUAUUUUAUAUUACUUAAGUUAUAAUUAUUUUUAAGUUUUUUUUAAAGAGAUAUAUUACGUAAGAUUAUUUUUAUAUGACUGUUGGGUCGAAAAACCGAGUUAUCAAAAAUUUGGUAAUAAAUAAAUUUAAACAAAUACUGUAAUUUAUAGAGCGGGACUUUUUUGCAUAAAUAAAAAUAAUCUUAAGGUAUUUGUUUAUAAAUAUUUUUUAACAAAAACAAAUCGCGUUACUAAUUCCAGAAAAAUAAUAGAGAGAAAAUUACAGUUGCAAAUAUCAGCAGUCUCUCCCUUCGAAACUGUAAAAAUUACACUUUUUUAAGACGUAGUAAUUAUUACAGUUUUAUAUAAGACUUUUUUCAAUCCUUUUUCAACUAAAAAGACAUUGAAAACUAUAAAAUUUUGUAUUUAUAAUUGUAAUUACUUUAUUACAAGAAGUAGUUUCAAUUAUUGCAGUGCAAACAUAGUAGAAGUUUUUAUAUGAGGAUCCUGUUUUUAAUCUAAACUGUAAUUUUUCCCCUGCUCUUUUUUCCGUGUAAUUUUUUUUAAAUUGAAAAAAAAUUUGAAAUCCAAAAAGGCGGGUAAUUUAAAUUUUUCAAAUUUUUAGCUUUAAGGUCCCCAAAUCGAUUAGUAAUAAAAAAAAAAUUACAAGCCCUUUUGUAGUUAGUAACGCGAAAUUAUUGAUGACUUAUUAGGACAUUUUUUACUCAAACAAUUUAAAAUUAUAGCCAUAUAUUAUGAAAGCUUAAUAAAACAUUGAGUUUUUUUUGUCACGAUAUUGUUUUGAAUGAUAAUAAGUUGAGUACACAAUUUAAAUGAAUUCCAUUUAGUUUGAUUUGAUAUAAAAAAAAAUAUUUUCAUUAUCAAUAUUUAUCAUUUAAAUAAAUUCGAGUAAAUAAGACAAGGUUCGAUUAUAAAUAGUUACGAUAAUUAUAGCUCACGUGAGUUUUGAUUAUAAAUAAGUAUAUUAAUUAUAUGAUUAUGUUGUCUAGAAAUAAGUUAAUCAAUAUUAUUGUUUACUAAAUUGAACGUGUUUGCUUGCGGUGUUUGAUAAACAUUUUUUUUACUCAUAUCAUUUGAUGGAUUAUAUUUUGACAGACUGAGACGCAUAAUAUUUGAACCUUGUUGACAAUCAAAACACUUAACAAAAAAUUUAAAAAUCAAACUGGGUAAAAAAUGAAUUUGUUUAAUAAAUACAGUAAUAAAAUUAAUGUUCUUUAAUUAAUUUACAAUAAAUAUAAUGUAAAAAUUUUUUGAUAAAGAUAAAGAAUAAGACUAACAUUGGAAAAAAUAUAAUUCAAGGAUUUUGAAUAAAUUAAAUUUAAAAAAUUUAAAAUUUAAUAAAUUAUUAUAUUAAUUUAAUAAAUUAAAUUUUAAAAAUUAAAAAUUUAAUUUUAUAAAAAAACUUGGUCUAAUAAAAUAUAUGUAUGGUAAUUGUGCCGUAAAUAUAUGAAAGAUUUCGUAAAUCCCAUAUAUAAUAUUUGCCAAAAGUGUAUUCACCUUAUAUUUUUUUUAAGAAAUAAAGACUGACGGCUGUUAGACUUUUAAAAUAAAAUUAUUUACUUUAUCUGUUAACUAUUAAUCGAAUCUUAAAUAGAUUUAUUAGUUGGUUAAGAAAAAAAACUGUUAUUACAAUAAUUAAAAUAAGUUAUUAAUGUAAGAAUAAUUAUAAAUUACAUGAGUAAU